AUGUCGGCUGCACCUUUACAAAUAGUAAACGAGAAACAGUUGAAUACCCGCACAAAUGCUCUUCAUACACCCAUCAAACAUAUGGGCGGUAAGGAAAACCACCUGGCAAGUGCUAAGCGUGCAGACUGCAACAAUGAGCCACAUCGUCAGCCAGUGCAGAAGAAGAAGAAGGAAAAACUAUCCGCACUGUGUAAGACACCUCCUUCUCUAAUUAAAAUGAGGGGACGAGACUAUCAUAGAGGCCAUUUCCUUGGAGAAGGUGGGUUCGCUCGUUGUUUUCAGAUCAAAGAUGACGGUGGUAAAAUAUUCGCCGCUAAAACCGUGGCCAAGAUUUCCAUCAAGUCUGAAAAAACCCGUAAGAAGCUUCUAUCAGAAAUUCAAAUCCACAAGAGCAUGAAGCACCCGAACAUUGUUCAGUUUGUGGACUGUUUUGAAGAUGACACUAAUGUCUAUAUACUGUUAGAAAUUUGUCCCAACGGCUCGUUAAUGGAUCUGCUGAAAAGAAGAAAAGUGCUAACAGAACCUGAGGUUCGUUUUUUCACCACCCAAAUCGUCGGAGCUAUCAAGUACAUGCAUAGCAGACGAGUUAUUCACAGAGACUUGAAACUUGGAAACAUCUUUUUUGAUCGUAAUUAUAACUUAAAAAUUGGUGAUUUUGGCCUUGCAGCAGUAUUGGCCAAUGAUAGAGAAAGAAAAUAUACCGUUUGUGGAACUCCGAACUACAUUGCACCAGAAGUGCUUACAGGUAAACACACCGGGCAUUCGUAUGAAGUUGAUAUUUGGUCAAUCGGUGUCAUGAUAUAUGCGCUUUUAAUAGGUAAACCACCUUUUCAAGCUAAGGAAGUCAACAUAAUAUAUGAGAGAAUAAAGACUGGAGAUUACAUUUUUCCUAAGGAAAAACCCAUCUCUACAGAAGCGAUCAUCUUGAUCAAGGAUAUUCUUUCCAUAGAUCCAUUAGAGAGGCCAUCGCUGGAUGAAAUCAUCGAUUACGUAUGGUUCAGAGGCAUAUUUCCCUCCAAAGUCGAUGAUUCUGUACUCAGCGCAGUGCCAAAUUACGAUGGUUUAGACAUUCGGCAAUCUUUGAUCAACUUUAAGAACUGCAUGGCACACGCUGGUUUGUAUAGCGGCUCUUCAUCCUCCACUAAAGAUCCUAUCAAACUUGUCAAAAACGACCUUGAGCAAGAGAAACCGAGAACAAUUCUACCGCAGUCAUUAUCACCCGGUGGAACGAAAAAUAAAUAUCAGGAAGUUGUUGAUUUAGAAGCUCAAAGAAAACUAAACGAUCUGGCCCGUGAAGCUAGAAUACGCCGCGCGCAACAAGCUACAAUUAAGAAGGAUUUAGUGGCUACAUCGACGAACACCAUCAAAUCAGAGAUAUCUCUAAGAAUUCUGGCAAGCGAAUGCCAUUUAACUCUAAAUGGUAUUCUGGAAGCUGAAGCUCAGAAACGAAUGGGAGGUUUACCCAAAUCCAGACUACCAAAAAUCAAAAACCCCAUCGUUGUAACCAAAUGGGUUGAUUAUUCUAACAAGCAUGGCUUUUCGUACCAACUGUCGACAGACGAUAUUGGCGUACUUUUCAACAAUGGAACUACUGUGCUGAGACUGGCAGAUGCCGAAGAAUUCUGGUAUAUUAGUUACGAUGAUAAAGAAGGAUGGGUUGCAAGUCAUUAUACAUUAGCAGAAAGACCUCACGAAUUGUCCAGGCAUCUAGAAGUGGUAGAUUUCUUCUCCAAAUACAUGAAAGCGAAUUUGAGCAGGAUCUCGACGUUUGUUCGUGAGGAGUAUCAUAAGGACGAUGUUUUCUUGAGAAGAUACACGCGGUACAAGCAGUACGUCAUGUUCGAGCUGAGUGACGGCACGUUCCAGUUCAAUUUCAAAGACCAUCAUAAAUUUGCAGUUUCUGAAGGAGGAACCCUUGUCACCUACAUCUCGCCCGAACGCGAGAGCUUCACAUAUCCGACCGUCGAGCUUCUCAAAAAGGGUGAGAUACCUAGCCAUCCAGAUAUCAACCUGAUGGAAAAGCUCUUCAUGAUCAAAGAAGGGCUGAAACAAAAGGCUUCAAUAGUGUCAGUGGCUCAAACUCAGCUUUGA